UAUAGACGUAUUCAGAAUCUAAUAUUCAUUAAUAUUACAGAUUUCAUACAGAUAACAUUCUUUGGAAGUUCUUCGAAAAGAAAAAAUAUGUUCGCUGUUCAAAAAAUAGCUAACGGAGCACCGUUAGCAUUAAAUUUAUACAAAACUCAAUGCAGAACAAGUUUUCUUGGUACACCUCCAAGAGUUAGAGUAUCUUUUACUGAAAAGAUGUUGCAUGGUGUUGCACUUUAUGUAGGAUUAAUGGCGAUUCCACUUUAUAUUGCAUGUAAUGUAAAAAAUUAUAAUGCAGCUAAAGGUUAAAUAUAUUUCUGCAGUUAUAUUUUUGUUAAAUUGAACAAGUAUUGUAGAAAAAUGUAAUAACUAUUAUCAUAUAUUUAAAUUAAAUAUUUAAAUAAAUAAAGUAAUCAAUGUAAUUAAUAUAUUUUUUAUAUUUGCGUCAUAGAGCACUGAACAUUAAGUACAGUUUGAGGAAUCAUCGACUUAAAAAUAUUUUGUUUGUAAGAUUAUUUUUGAUUUAUUAAAAAUUGAAUUUUCUUUUUA